CCUUUUUCGAUGGGACGUUUGAUAUAAUUGCUAACUUUUCGAAGUUCUCCUAUUGUAUUUUUCAGAAUCUUAAAUUCUUUACAAAAUUUCAAGUAAAACCAAAGCUAUAAAUUUAAUAAAUUGAAAAAUGGUGGUAACGAACAAUGUUGUUUUGCCGGAAGAUUCUGAAUUGACUGUAGAAGAGGUCAAUUUAUCGACUGCGACUUUGAGAGCUGGCUCUUUUCAUUUAGGAAAAUAUUGUGAAAACCAAAACAAUGAGUUUAUGCUCUGUCGUUUUGAGGAAAAAGAUCCAAGAAAAUGUAUUAAUGAAGGAAAGGCUGUUACGGCUUGUACAUUGGAGUUUUUCCGAAAAGUGAAAAAAACCUGUUUGGCUGAGUUUAAUCAAUAUGCAAACUGCAUUGACAAAAGCUCUGGAGAGUAUAGUUUCAGAUAUUGCCGCAAAACCCAGGAUGUGUAUGACAAGUGCAUUUUGGAGAAUUUGAACUUGGAGCGUCCUCCAUUUGGCUACUUCUGUGAAGUGCGGGUUCAUGAUACCAAGAGACCAAAGCCAGCAGUGGAGGAGAAGGCAGUUUACCCCGAUGCUACUCCAGCGCUGCCGGUGGAAACGGAGAAGAAACCCGCGCGCUUCGGCUCUCGCUUCUACUGGAUGACCGAAUAAUUAUUGCUUAGAACAUUUACCGCAUCAUUUAAAGUAAAACAUUAGGAAGUGCAUAUUUAUUGAAAAUUUAUAUUCAAUUUACUUUGCUUUUAGUCAUUAUACUUUUUUUGAUUUUUUUGCAAUUUGUUCAUAAGGAUAAUAGUGUUAAGUCGAAUCCUUUUUUUAAAUUAUAUUGAACAGCAAUACUUUUCUAAUGUGAUAUCUUAAAUGAUUUAGUUGUAAAAAUCAUGUAGACUAAUAAAAUGUUGAAAUUUA